AUGACUUCCAAGGCGGUUCGGACCGUCUCCAAAGUGCUUGUGUGCCUCUUCGUUCUCGCUACUUUGUGGCGACUUCGCCUCAAUAGUUUUCACUUCCCGUCCCAGUCUGUCUUCCAUGCUCAUGGCUCAACUACUAAUGUCGACUGGUCGCGAUUUGCGUACACUCAAUAUGUCACUAACACGGCCUAUCUCUGCAAUUCGGUCAUGCUUUUCGAGACCCUGCAUCGCCUCGGCAGUCGAGCCGACCGCCUGAUAAUGUAUCCUGCCGAGUUCUCGACGGAGAAUGACUCUGUGGAAGGCAAGCUACUUCGCAAAGCUAGAGAUGAGUAUGGCGUCAAAUUAGCGCCGAUUGAGAUUCAAAGUCGAGACAGCGCCGACUCGACGUGGGCAGAAAGCUACACCAAGCUUCUGGCUUUUAACCAGACCCAAUACCAGCGCGUACUCAGCCUGGACUCUGAUGCAACUCUUCUACAAUCCAUGGAUGAACUUUUCUUGUUACCACCGUGCCCCGUGGCCGUUCCCCGGGCAUACUGGCUCAACCCCAAUGAUCGGACCAUGAGCUCUCAAGUUGUUCUUAUUCAGCCUUCUGAGUUCGAGUUUAACCGUAUCAAACAAAGCAUCGCUGACGCCGGGUCGAAUGACUAUGACAUGGAGAUUGUGAACAAUUUGUAUAAGGAUAGCGCGCUUAUUCUCCCCCACCGUCCCUAUGACCUCCUGACAGGCGAAUUUCGAUCCAAGAAUCAUACGUCCUAUCUUGGCAACGCUAUUGAACGCUGGGAUCCCAUGGAUGUCUUGAGCGAGGCCAAAUUUCUGCAUUUUUCCGACUGGCCUGUUCCUAAGCCCUGGGUUAGAGCCGACCCAAAGCUGAUCGAGGAGAAGCAGCCUACAUGCGACAUUAAUCCUGAAACUGGACUUUACGAUGAUUGCCGCGCUCGUGAUAUCUGGCUGGGUGUCUAUGACGAUUUUGCCCAGAGACGCCAGGUACUCUAA